GGUCUAGCUGUGAAGGCACCUGUGAAAAUGCAGAGUUUCCCCUUCAUACCCGUGCUGUUGUCAGCAUUAUUCACUACAGCUGAAAACACCAAUCCACCUCCAUCGAAUAUUCAUACAGCUUACACUCCCUUCCCAGCUCCCUUUAUUCCUGCCACAACAUCAAGUGCAGCUGUCUUUAGUGCUGUAACUGCAACUACCACACCCAGAACUCCACCUGUUACUAGUAUCGAUUUUUUACCAACCCCUUCAGAAGCCACCGCAGAAGCUCUCACUACCACAACAUCAAGUACAGCUUUAGCAGUCUUUAGUGUUGUAACAGCAACCAGACCUCCACCUGUUACUGUUAUCUGUUUAGCAGCCCCUCCAGAUGCCACUACAGCUCCCAUUACUGCCAUAACACAAAGUUCUCUUGUGACUCAUGCAACUUUACGUUGUAUGUCUCAAUCGAGUUUUUCUGCUUCUUCCUCUGAUAUCUUAACCCCUCCCACCACCAACCCCAUUCUUGGCACAUCCCCUCCAUUAGAAGUCACAUCUAUUACUACUACAGAUUCCACCGCCUCCACGACUCAUCUAACAACCAACUCCACUCUUGGCACAUCCGCUCCUUUAGAAACCACAUCUAUUACACACAAUCCUACUACAAACUCCACCACCUUCACAUCUACAUCUCCUACCUCCACCAACUCCACUCUUGGCACACCCCCUCCAUUAGAAACCACAUCUAUUACACACACUCCUACUACAAACUCCACCACUUCCACAUCUACAACUCCUCCCUCCACCAACUCCACUAUUGUCACAUCUUCAUUAGAAAUCACAUCUGUUACAUACACUCCUACUACAGAUUUCACCACCUCUACAACUCAUCUAACCAAAAACUCCACUCUUGGCACAUCCCCUCCAUUAGAAACCACAUCUAUUACACACACUCCUACUACAAACUCUGCCUAUACACCUCCUCCCACCACCAACUCCACUCUUGGCACAUCCACUCCAUUAGAAACCACAUCUAUUACACACACUCCUACUACAAACUCCACCACCUCUACAACUCCUCCCACCACCAACUCCACUCUUGGCACAUCCACUCCAUUAGAAACCACAUCUAUUACACACACUCCUACUACAAACUCCACCUAUACACCUCCCACCACCAACUCCACUCUUGGCACAUCCACUCCAUUAGAAACCACAUCUAUUACACACACUCCUACUACAAACUCCACCACCUCUACAACUCCUCCCACCACCAACUCCACUCUUGGCACAUCCCCUCCAUUAGAAACCACAUCUAUUACACACACUCCUACUACAAACUCCACCACCUCCACCUCCACAUCUACAACUCUUCCCUCCACCAGCUCCACUAUUGUUACAUCUUCGUUAGAAACCACAUCUAUUACACACACUCCUACUACAAACUCCACCUAUACACCUCAUCCCACCACCAACUCCACUCUUGGCACAUCCCCUCCAUUAGAAACCACAUCUAUUACACACAAUCCUACUACAAACUCCACAACUUCUACAACUCCUCCCACCACCAACUCCACUAUUAUCACAUCUCCAUUAGAAACCACAUCUAUUACACACACUCCUACUACAAACUCCACCUAUACACCUCCCACCACCAACUCCACUCUUGGCACAUCCCCUCCAUUAGAAACCACAUCUAUUACACACAAUCCUACUACAAACUCCACCACUUCCACAACUCCUCCCUCCACCAAUUCCACUCUUGGCACAUCCCCUCCAUUAGAAACCACAUCUAUUACACACACUCCUACUACAAACUCCACCACCUCCACAUCUACAACUUCUCCCACCACCAACUCCACUCUUGGCACAUCCCCUCCAUUAGAAACUACAUCUAUUACACACAAUCCUACUACAAACUCCACAACUUCUACAACUCCUCCCACCACCAACUCCACUCUUGGCACAUCCCCUCCUUUAGAAACCACAUCUAUUACACACAAUCCUACUACAAACUCCACCACCUCCACCUCUACAAAUCCUCCCACCACUAACUCCAGCCUUUUCACAUCUCCUCCAUUAGAAACCACAUCUAUUACACACAAUCCUACUACAAACUCCUCCGCUUCUACAACUCCUUCCACCACCAACUCCACUAUUGUCACAUCUCCAUUAGAAACCACAUCUGUUACACACACUUCUACUACAGAUUUAACCACCUCUGCAACUCAUCUAACCACCAACUCCACUCUUGGCACAUCCCCUCCAUUAGAAACCACAUCUAUUACACACACUCCUACUACAGACUUUACCACCUCUGCAACUCUUCCCACCACCAUCUCCACUCUUGAGCCAAUACCUCCAUCAAGUACCCCUGUUUCUAGCACAGCUGUUACUCACACACCUACUAGAAACUCCACCCUCUCCACCUCUACAACUACUCCCACCACCACGCCGCCAAUCCAACCCCCAUUGGUGUGCCUCAAUGAUGGUCUGCUGCAGGAUGGAGUCUGCAUCUGCCCAGAUGAGUGGACUGGUGUCGCCUGCUCUAUUGCAAACUUCUGUAAUAAGACUAUUUUGGAAGGCUUUGAGUUCCAACAAACUGUAAUUGGUUGGCCUGCCUACUCCUCAGAGACGUGUCCAUCAAAUACAACCAAUGCUGGUAUUUCCAUAGCUUCAACUAGAUGCUUGGACAAGGGUGGACUGCCAGCAUUUGACCGCAUUCAGAAAAUUGAAUGCCAAAUAACCCUUGAAAAUAUCCAAGUCAAUGUGACUGGUUCUUUGGAUGCAAUGGAAACAGAGAAGCUAGCAAGCAGUACACAGAUCCUGACCUCCAGGCCAGAACGGCUGACGGCCUCAAACAUUACGUCUGCAGCACAAAUUGUAAACACCAUCCUGUCCAACAGUGUCAACAUAACAGAGGGGACAGCUGUGGCUGCUGUGACAACAAUUAGUCAGUUACUAACUGCUGAUCCUAAAAAAUUUCCUAAACAAAGCAAUGCCACUGUAAGGCUAACACAAAACCUGGAAAAUUUUUCAGCAAAUCCAAAUAAUAAUUUCUCAUUGGUGGUUCAGCCCAGACUAGUAGUUCAGACUACUCGGGUGCAAAGUGCCCAGACAGCAGGCAUUCAGUUCAGUGCACUCUCAGGCACAUCAAAUAACUUCACAACUAACAGAAUACAACUCAAGACCAACAUGUCAGAAAUGUCAGAUACUGAAAUUCCCUCUGAUGUCCAGAUUUUCAUCAGACUUCCAGAUCAGUUACAUAAGAAUUCAAACAUCAACGUUGGUUUUGUGCUCUAUGAGAAUGACCUCCUCUUCAGGUCAAGAGCCUUUCAGCCUUCACUUAACUCCAGAAGGAUGGUGAUCUCUGGAACUUUAGGGUAUUUUAAAGCCGAACAUGUGACCUUGCGGUUCCUACCCAUGAAUGUGUCCAAUAAGUCCCUGCAUGACUUUGCCUGUGUGUUCUGGGACUACAGCCUAAAUGACUGGAGCACUGUAGGAUGCUCCAAAGCCAACCUCUCGACGGGCUCUCUCCAGUGUACCUGUAACCACACCACUAACUUUGCUGUUCUGAUGUCUUUUAGGGAGGACCAUAAAUAUGCUGAGACACUGAGUGUGAUCAGUAUGGUGGGGUGCUCUUUGUCAAUACUGGGGCUGAUAUUAACUGUGAUUUUCCAGAUUAUUACCAGGAAGUCCAGGAAGAGCGCUCCCACAAUCCUCCUGGUUAACAUCUGUGUGUGCAUGACCAUGUUCUACUUCCUCUUCCUGUUUGGAAUUGAGAACCCCAACAGCAGCUUGAAGAGGGACUCCAGUGUGUCAGAGAAAAACGUCAUCCCGCCCUCUGACCUCCAUCAGGAUCCUGACAGAGGGCCCUGCACUGCCCUCACAGCCCUGAUGCAGUACUUCCUGUUAGCCACAUUCACCUGGAACACCCUCUACGCAGUGCACAUAUUCUUUCUCAUCAAAAAAACCCUAUCAGGCCCACCAAGCAGAGUCCUCCUGGUUUCCUUAGUAACAGGAUGGGGACUUCCUGCUGUUGUGGUUGCAAUCUCAUUGGGAGUGGCCUACAGGGUGGAUAAUCCUUUGGGCUAUAGACGGGAAGAGUUCUGUUGGCUUGAGGCUCUGAAUCAAGAUGGGAAGUUUGACUUUGGAAAGCCAAUGUUUUGGGGCUUUUUGCUUCCAGUAGCUGUAAUGCUACUUUUGAAUACAGCAGUGCUGAUAUACUUCGGAUUUGCAACAUGCAAGAAGGAUCCCCUGUUAAACAGCACUGCAAACACUUCAAUAAGGAAGAGGUUCCUGAGCAGCUUCUCUCUGGGGGUUCUGCUGGGCCUUACUUGGGUUCUGGGCUAUCUGGUUCUCUCUACAGAGGGCACCAAAAGUUACGUCUUCAGCAUCUUAUUCUGUGUGUGCAAUACCACCCAGGGAUUACAGAUAUUCAUUUUAUUCACGGUGAGGACAGCCUCCUUCAGGAAAACAUUCCGCUCUGUCACAAGCUCAAUAUCUCUUCCUGAGAUGGCACUUUACAGAGAGAAGUACACUCUGUGGAAAAAGAGUGGUUCACAGGAGUUGUCAAGGAAUACAGAUGCAGACCAGUCUGUAGGGACUUUCUUACAGGGCAAUACAUACGUCUAAUCCUUGUGCAUCUAUGAAGAGAGUGGAAGAUUUGGACACCACCUUAAGAAAAUAAGACUCAGUCUGAUGACAGAUAGUGAUUUUAAGAGUUUAAAGGCAUCCUAUGCUUGUUUUUUUUACCUUAAUAACAGCUUUGUCAUUUUGAUGGCAAAACUAACUUGUAAUAGGGAGAAUGGCACGCCUAGCCAGCCUGGCAACUUCUCUCUCCCCCGACCUGGAGAAUCACAAAUGGCUUUACGACAAUUGUGCAGUACUAUUUGUAUGACAUCUUGUAAUAUUACCAUGACGCUUCACAGAUUAUCUUUGCCAGUUUGUAAAUAAAUCCACAUGUUUCAAGGUGAAGGGUAUAAGGGGUAUUUACAACAGUAACAACUGCAUCGGACACCUUUAAGAAGGCAUUGCAAAUGCUCUUGAAGUUUGUAUUUUUUGUUUCCAUAGCCAUCAUCAUGACUUUGGUUGUAGGGAUACAGAAGAGAAAUAUUGUGCAUGAGCUGUAAAUGCCUUGUGACACUAUGUAGGAUUGACAUGUUGGUAAAGUUAGCUGGGUGUUAAGUAAAGUUUGUUGUUAGGAUUACUUAUUCUACAACUAUUCCAGUUAUAUUAAAGCAACAGAAUGCAGAUCUUUCAAACUCAUUUUGGUGUUUCAAAGACUUACAAUAAGGAAAUGUUGUUGAUCGGGACACUUUUAGUCAGUUUUCGACAAACUGGGUACCGUCUUAGUGCUAAUCAGCAUUAAAUAUUGAUGCCAAGGGGCAUAGAUAUCAAUUAUUCUAUGGUGUUGCAUUAAGACAGUAUACAUUUAAAGAUCAUUUUUUAUCACCUUAGAUUAAGACCAACUAGUGGCUUAUUUAGGAAUUAUCAUGAAUAAAUGACCUGCUAUUCAAUGAAAAUAAGAAAUCGUUGAAUAAAGACCUAAUAAAUGUG